AUGUACCACUCCAUCGCCACCAUCGUGGGAUUAAUAUUCCUCUCCCUCACAAACCUUGUCCACGCAAACGUGGAGAAAACCAUUUUCCUUGCCCCACCAGCAGCCACGCUGCCAUCAGAAGAGCCAGAUCUAGAUGAUCUCGGUCUAGAAAGGCUCUCGCCAGAGAACCAUGCUGUGCGAACACAGCUCAAUGCUUCAUUCCCUAGUACCGAGGCACCAGAAGGUACGGAGUCAUGGUUCUUCCUUGAGAACCUGAAGCCCGGGCAGCGGUAUGAGGUGCGGGUUUGUUGGUUAGCCACGCAACCGACAUCAUUCACACUCACAACACACCAGCUCUCAGCAACAAUCGAGGAUGAGACCCUCUUAUCCUCCCUCAGCAUCUUCUCCGCAGCUCGCCUCGCAAGUCUGGACACUCAGCUUCAAGAAAACACCAUCUUGCGACGUGCAUCGGGCCACACGGGAGGAGGGGUGAUCUCGCCGGACGCAGCAUUAACGACAGACUCGGUGCUUUUUCUGAGAGUCCAGGCCGCGGCAGAUUAUUUCACUCAUGACGAUUCUUUGAUGAAGAACGUGCCGCCCGUAUCUGUGGAUCUGAUUCUGGAUCCAUUUUUGUGGAAUGUGUUCCCCAGAUCGCUUGUUCCCACUGCGGUGUGGAUUGUCAUUGUUGCAAUCGUCGCAGGCUUUGUGGCGAAAUGGGUUGGUGGGGAGAUUGGAAGGGUCAUUGAAGAGGCGAAGAAGGAGAGGGACGAGGGUGAGGAGGAUAAGAAGGAGCAGUAA